UCACACCGGGGAGAGGAGGGGGGUGAUAGCAGCCUAGUCUACCUUCUCUAAUGCCCAUGAUUAGCAUCUGUGGCUGAGGGAGGCGAUGUCACUUAUCACAGAUAAUGAAUUCAAGAUGAAAUUAUACCUGUUCGGAUCUCUAAGUCGCUCCUGUGCCCUGGUGUGUGCACUACUAAAUGACGUCGAACGCACAAAUCUCUGACGUAUGUGCGGUAGGGGGGGAGAGCUCGGAUUAAGUUUUGAUAAUCCGCUCUGUAAUAUAACGGUAACCCUAUUGUCAUUAGCGCUUCUGUGCAGCUGUGGUUUAUUCUAUUUUAUUUAUUGUUUUGCUUAUUAUUCCGAUAAUCGAGACCCAUUUUCCACCAGGAAUUAUGGCAUACACGAAGAGAAUAAAAAAAAACACUAGCUAGAUAAGUAGCUAGGUUUUGGCUAACACCUGCUAGCGGAAUGAUUAGCUAGGUGACAGUAAAUAAUCGCGGUUUUCUUGACUCGGUUCCUGCCUAACAAAUCCGGUUUAUUUCUUUGUGCACCGCUCGAUCAUGUUGGUGAAUCCCACUCGAGGAUACCACUGGUCAGACGCGGAGACUAGAGCACUGUUGACUAUUUGGGGAGAGCACGACGUGCAGACGGCGCUGGACGGAAACUUCCGAAACAGUCACGUUUACCGCGACGUGGCUGGACGUUUGGGGGACAUGGGCUACGAUCGGACCCCGGAUCAGUGCCGGGUGCGGGUUAAGAGCCUGAAAAGGCAAUAUUUCCAGGCGAAAAAGGCCUCAAAGAGGAACGGCCACUAUUCCAAGAUCUUCAGGUUCUACAAAGACAUGGAGAGGAUCCUGAGCAGCAGAGUGUCAGCAGGGCUGGAUGCCCAUGAUCUAGAGGGCAUGGGUGCCGAAGGAGACGAAACCUUGGAUGGCACUGAAGAAGAUGGAGAGAGUGUGGACCAGCCGCAUGAGUCGGACGUGGACGGUGCAGGAGAAUGCUCAAACAUGGACUAUCCUGUGAAAAUCGAGUAUCCCCCUUACCCUAUCCCAGUGACUGUGGGCAGCUGCAGUAAUGUAGCGGAUAUUCCAGCAAAGCAGACCGAAGAACAGACCACCACCAUGCCAUCGUCUGCAGGAAGCAGGAGGCACAAGAAGCGUUUUGCAAACCUGUCGAUGGAGAAGCUCAUGGAGAAGUUUCUGGAGCAGAGUUUGGAGGCAGAAGAGAACUUUUAUAGACUCGAGGAGCAGCGGCUCCAAGCCGAGGAUCUUCGCAGGGAGACAGAGCACACGAGAGAGAUGCACAUGUUGCAGAUGCUGGGGCAGAUGUUUGCUGGUCUCACCACACCCACAGUCACGUCUUCACCUGCUCCUCAGUCCACUCGUAACUCAAAGACUGGUCCCUCUGUAUCUCAUUCACGUCUUUUUGGUGGCAGCCAUAGCCAUCAAACCUACCAGGUCGAUUAUACCAACCUGAGUCCGCCAGCUGCUCCAGUUAUCCAGCGGGCAUUUUCCCUGGGAGGUGUCGCACACAGAAGCAUGGACAUCCUGGCAUUGGUCAAAAAUACCAUUCCUCCGCUGACGUCUAAAAAGCACAAGGGUCAAGAUGGCCGCAUAGGAGUCAUCGGAGGAUGUCAAGAGUACACUGGAGCACCUUACUUUGCUGCCAUUUCUGCACUGAAAAUAGGUGCGGAUCUUUCCCACGUAUUCUGCACCAAAGAUGCUGCCACUGUGAUUAAAUCUUACAGCCCUGAGCUCAUAGUUCAUCCUGUACUAGACAGUCCCAAUGCUGUGCAGGAAAUAGAGAAGUGGCUGCCGAGGCUUCAUAGUUUGGUAGUGGGGCCAGGCUUGGGCAGGGACGACAAGCUUCUUAAUAAUGCAAAGGAGGUUAUUGAAAAGACAAAAUCAAGAGGAAUUCCAAUAGUCAUUGAUGCAGAUGGACUUUGGUUAGUGUCCAAAGAGCCUUCAGUCAUUCAGGGAUAUCAAAGAGGAAUCUUGACACCCAACUUCAUGGAGUUCAGUCGUCUGUAUGAGGCAAUGCACCAUCAGCCCCUGGAUAGCACUGACUUUAGGGUCACAGCGCAGCAGCUGAGCAUCGCACUAGGUAACGUGACUCUGGUUUUGAAAGGGGAGGAGGACAUCAUCACUGACGGCAACCACGUGUUAACAUGCAGUCAGGAGGGAAGUGGACGUCGCUGUGGAGGACAGGGAGAUUUGCUGUCUGGCUCUUUAGGAGUAUUUUCCCAUUGGGCAUUGAGUUCAUCAUUAAGUACAACUGAAGGCAUGAAUCCUACACUGGUGGCUGCUUUCGGUGCUGCCUCACUGACCAGGCAGUGUAACAAUCAAGCCUUUCACAAGUAUGGCCGUGCUACCACCACCUCUGACAUGAUCCAGGAGAUCUGUGCUGCCUUCAGAAAGCUGUUCGAAACCUGAACUAUUUUGUCUUUGCUAAAACGCUCAGCUUUGUUCCAGGUUUUUGCAGCUUCUCUCCUGUAAGAAAAAAAAAUGCAGUUUUAAAUGGAUACCUGUACACA